GUGGAGGAGGCAGACCAGGUGUACCUGCUGAUGAAAGAGGAGUACCGUAUCUCACGGAACGUACGUCUGGCCUGGUUCCUGGGCAAGCUCAACCAGGUCAUUUGGCCAGCCCCAAAGUCUGAACUGGUGGGUUAAUUAGCUCUACUGGAGGAGAUGCAGCCUGCUCCUAGAUCUGUUGUGCUGUCUCGUCAAUGACAACGACCAUAGGGGUUGGCAAAACAGCAUAAACAGAUCUGGGACCAGCCCAGAGGAGAUGGUUCAAUCACUAUUAUUAUUAUUAUUAUUAUUAUUAUUAUUAUGUACUGAUGUUCCCGCAUGGGCCACAUAUACUGAAUUGAUGUAUAUAAUUUUGCUUUGGAUGAAACUAAGCAUCUGCUAAAUGACCAUAUUUCCGUGGGAUUGUUGUUUAUGAUGAUUGUUGUGGUUCCACCUUCUGUGCAGCUGAACUCUGAGAAUGAGCUGGACCUGCUCAGCAUCUUGCCGAAGGGAUGGCAGCCAGACUUCUCCCCCUCCACCAUGCCCUACCUGCUGGUACCCUCCACUCGGGUCACCUUCCUGGCCCGCAGGUACCGCUUCAUCAUCGAGCUGGACCUCAGCCCCUCCACUGGGAUCGUGGUGAGUAAAGAGGCUUCUUCAACAAGUUACAAACUAGGCUACUAAACACAAUCAAAGCUACUUGGGUUAAAACAGAUACCUAAUGGAGCUAAAGGAGCAGGGUUUCCAUUAUCUGGCUUUUGCCCCCCCCCCCCCCCCCAAAAAAGAAGAAAAUCAGAUAAAUAAAACUGUUGCCUGCCAAAAUGACCAGGAGAAAAACAAUCCCAUUGCAAAAUAAUAAUUUUUAUUCAUAGAUGGAAAUACCAGUCGAUGGAAAUACAUUUCACCGUCACGCUUAUCGGUCUAUAGGUUAAUUUGCAUAAUAUAGUGGAAUUAAAUUGGCGUGUGUGUAUUUUCGUUAGUCAUCAUGUAGCCUAUCUUAUUUAUCCAACACAACUAUCACAAACACACAGCAUAUAGAGCCUACUUUGAGCGGGAAUCACCACCACUUUACAAUAUGAGCUGGAGGCAGAAUGCAUUUUUUUAAACAAAGGCCUACUUAAUUGUUUGAAACCUGAAUGUUUUACUUCAUAUUAUGAGGCAUGUCUUACCUUGCUUCAAAGUAGCCUAUAGACAAAUCCAACUAUGGAAACGUGGAGGCAAUUAUUUUGUAAAGACUUCAUAGGCGCAUGAGUUUCAAGUUUAGGGAAGCUUACAUUUUAUCCUACUAUUUCUACCAUUCUGCGUGCCAGUUAUGAUUUACAUAUGUGCAUUUCCGUGGAACAGUUUCAUUUCAACAAUAACGUUUUCGUUUCUCAAAAUCAUUGUCACGUGGUUAAUCAUAAAAAUCUGAAUUAAAAUUGUAUACAUCUAGAAAUUAAGAUUCAACUAAUGCGAGAGCACCAGCCUCUGCCAUAUGGACACAUUGACACACCGUGAUCCAUUGGCGGCUAAAGAAAUGAGUGCAUGGAACUCAUAGCCUAUAGGCCAAUGCAGCAGUAGGCAUAUAACUUAAUUGUCAACUAAGUCAAAAUACAUAAAGCUGACAAAUAAAAACUGUAGAAAAUAAGAUAAAUUCAGGUUCUUUAAAUUCCAUUCUUCUCUACUCAGCCUGUCUGCCUCCCUUUCUAUAGGUCUUGAGCUACUCUAUUUAUCAAUUCCCAAUUACAUAUGUUUACUGCUGGUGACAUAUGUAAUGGGGAAUUGAUAAAAAUAAACAAUCAAUGGGCAAACAAUUCACAAAGUGAAACAAUGAAUGCUAAGAAUUGGCGGGAGACAGAUGAGCCAUUCUGGAGAGAGACUAGCCUAUAUCUUUGCCACACACCCCUCCCCUUCUUCUUGUCUCAACUUGCGGGCUUCUCAAAUAGGCAUAGGCCUAAAAGCUUGUGAUUUGAAACAAUCCACAGCUAUACAAAAAUAUAAGCUAAUGAUCCUCGAUUCCUCUGUGGCUAAGUAUUUUGAAGUAUUUUAUUCAUUUCUGUAUGGACAGGAGUAAUUAUAUAAUUUUGGCAAAUGUAUUUUUAUUUACUUCCCUAGACUAUUUGACACGCCACCUAUGAAAGACUUCCUCAUAUUCCAUUUCUCUCCUGUUCUAUUGGUUUUCAUAUCAACUUCCUUUCAUUGUCCAGAAGCCAAAGGCACAAUCCUAGUCAUUUGCAACAACUAGGAUGGGUUGCUACUUUAGAUUGCCCCUCUUUCUAAGUUUCUAAUGGAGAUUGUCAUCUCUGUCACAUAUUUAAUCGCUCUCAUCAGGUGCACUGUUUAGAAUGCAGUUUUCCUACGAAUUACGUUUUGGAAAAUGUUUGAACCUAUAAUGGAGGUGGUUCUCUGAACCACUGAGAACUGAAGACCUUCCUUAGCUCCAUUAGAAAACAAGCAAGCAGUUAUAAUCAAUGGCAUGCAGGAGACCCGGAUUUGAACCCUGUUGAUCAGACAGAAUGUGGCCUUAUGACUAUUUUACAAGCAUCUAUGAAGGGAUGCUUUUCUUUUUGACGGCAGGAGGAAGUUUACAAUCCUUUAUGACAAUCGUGUUACAUAUCACACUUUCAUGCUAUGGCUAUUUUGGUAUACUGCCAAGAGCAGAUCCUCCUCAUGAUGUGUUGUUUGAUGUGUUAGGUACAUCAUGUUAGUUUUUCCCUCUGUUCACAGGAUGACAGCACGGGGGAGAUGAUAUUUGAUGAGGUAUUCCAUGCCUUGUCACGAUGCUUAGCUGGACUGGUCCGACCCUUCAAUGUUCCAGGCACAGAUCAUGUAUUCCAGCCGGAAAUCUUCGUCACUAUCCUGGCUUAUUCCUCCAUUAUUGGGCUCAAUACACACCAGGUGAUCAUAAUAUUCAUAUCAAAAUUAUAUACUUCUUGGUGAUUGAACAAGAGACAUUAAAUCAUUAUUUUGUUGGUGCAGGUAGAUGUGCUACCCAUGAUUGAGACGGAGACAUAUUUUAAUGGGAACAGGAACUAUAGUAAUACAUUCUAGUCAUGUGAGCCUAUGUAGCUGACGGUUAAGUGCAUCGCUACUGAAAACUAGAAGCACGUUCCACUCCAUCACACCUAUAAGGAAACUGUGUUGUGUCUGCUUUGACUGUAGGUGUUGGUGCAGGGUUGUCAGCUGGAUCGUACAGCCCUGGAUCAGUUCCUACACCAGAUCUACCAGCAGCUGCGAUCAGUGGAGAACAACACUGCAGAGGUCCUACAACAGCAGCACAACCAUCUUCAACAGCAGCACGACCAGGCAAGAGGACACAUGGUUAUUACAGUACUAUAUUCAGAGAGUCAAUUACAAUGGAAGCUAUGAACCAGUGACCAUCACUUGAACCAGUGACAACCUUUAGGUCAUCCGUCAAUCUUUUUACUCUAGAACAGAACCAUAUAUUUACAUAUGUAUAAUACAGUCAGUUCCAAAAUGAUUGGCACCCUUGAUAAAGAUGAGCAAAAAAUAGUCUAUAAAAUAAAUAAUACAAUUACAGAGCUAUAUUGUACGCAUUUUAAGGAACUGUAUUGUGGCCUUCCAUGGCUUCCUGUUUCACUGGGGUAUAAAAUGAGGUAACGCAUGUAAAAUCACUUUGAUCAUCAUCACCAUGGGAAAAGGCAAAGAACUCACAAUCGAAAAGAGACAAAUGGUUGUUGACCUUAAUAAAUCAUGCAAUGGGUACAAAAAAAUUGCUAAACAAAUAUACCACUUACCACUAUUAGGGCAACAAUUAAAAAGUUUAAACACAGUGGAACAGUGGUAAACUUGCCUUGUAUUGGAUGCAUGUGUAUCUUGUCCCCACGGACACUGAGGAAUAUGGUUCAGGAGGCACAGAAAAGUCCAAGGGCCUUUGGAGAAUUACAGAACUUGGUCGCAUCUUUGGUUCACCAAGUGUCCAAAUCUAGCAUUAGACACCACAUCCAUGCCAAUAGGCUAUUUGAAAGGGUUGCCAGAAAAAAAGCCUUUAAUUGAGAGCAACCAAGAAAUGUAAAUGCCUGGAGUUUGCUAAACGGCAUUUGCACGUGGAUUGGAAUUGGUGCUAAGGUCAGAUGACUUCAAAAUAGAGCUCUUUGGUCACGCACACCAGUGGUGGGUUUGGUGUCAAAAGAAGGAUAUCAUAUGCAGAAAAUAACCUCACACCUACUGUAAAAUAUGGUGGUGGGUCUUUGAUGUUAUGGGGCUUUUUUUUGUUGUUGCUUCCACUGGUCCUGGGGCUCUUGUUAAGGUCAACUGCAUCAUGAAUUUUACCAAGUACCAGGACAUUUUAACUAAAAACCCUGUUGCCUUCUGCCAGGAGGCUGAAACUUGGCCGCAAAUGGAUCUUCCAGCAAGACAAUAAAACAUAGCACAUAUCAAAAUUCACAAAGAAAUUGUUUAAUUGACCACUAAAUCAACAUUUUGCAAUGGCCAUCUCAUUCUCCGGACUAGAACCCCAUUGAAAACUUGUGGUUUGAAUUGAAGAGGGCAGUCCUUAAGCACAGAUGAAGAAUAUAUACAGGAUCUGGAAAGAUUCUGUAUGGAGGAAUGAUCUAAGGUCCCUCCCAAUGUGGUCUCCAAUCUCAUAAAACAUUUUAGAAAAAGGCUCAGUGUCGUUAUCCUCACAAGGGGUGUUUUGCGGAGUAUUGAAAACGGGUCCAAUAACUUUUACCUUAUCUUUUUUAGAUAUUUUUAUUAUUACUUGUUAAACAAAAUAUAUUUCUCUGAGGAAUUGUAUUAGUUCAAAAUAAUAUAAUUUCCCAAUUUUUUGGAGCAAAAAUAUAGCUCAGUAUUUGUAUUAUUUAUUUUAUACAUUCUUUUUUGCUAAUCUUUAUCUUGGGUGCCAAUAAUUUUGUAACUGACUGUACAGUAUAUGGCUCUGGAGUUGAGUAUGACUAUGAAAAUGUUUGAUAUAAUUUCCAGGUUGAUUAUUAUUAAAUUUGUCUCUGAUAGUCUGAUGGGCCAAUCCCGUGCCCCGGGCUUGGUAGUGACAUCACCAUGGAGGAGGUGCCUGUGAGGAAACAUGGCGUUUCCAUGGUGACUGCAGACGUAGGGCUGGUCAGCAUGGUGCGACAGGGCAUCCUAGCUCUUCAGCUGCUGCCCCCCAACUCCUCCGCAGGUUGGUUAAGUCUGUCAAUACCUUUGCUUUUAAAGUUGAGCUUCUCAAGGCUGGUUCCAUAGGGAGAAAUUAUACUUGUUUGAGUCAGACUUAUGAUAAGGUCCUCCUUUGUUGCAACCCAUAGCCAGGUCUGAAAGGGCACUAUCGGAGUAAUUGUCUAAAGGCACCAUUCGAAGGGAGAUGCAUGAUCUGAUUAAUUUAUAUAUGAUUGAUUCUUUUAGACUUAUGACACUAUUCCUGUCACCUCUCCCAGGUAUAAUCAUCAUCACAGAUGGGGUGACCAGUGUGCCUGAUGUGGCUGUGUGUGAGACUCUUCUGAACCAGCUCAGGAGUGGAACCAUCGCCUGCUCCUUCGUCCAGGUACUGAAACAUGCCACAACAUAGCCCAGUGGGUCAAACUGCUAUUUGUAUUCAGUCUACAUUACAACAUGCUGACACACCAUGAGAACUGCUGUCUGUCAUCUACUGCAUAGAUUGUUGUAUCUUCUCAACAGAGGCAGGCAACUAGCCUGGAAUCCAAACGGAAUCCAUGCUCUGUUUAACUAAGUGAAACAAAGUGAAACGCAGCAUGGAUUCAGUUUGGAUUCCAGGCUAGCAGGCAACUGCCCUUUAGAAAAGUCCAUCUACUAAAUAUGGUCUGAUAUCUGUCAUUCAAUAACAGUAUUUUUGUAAUGAAAGUUAGUUCUGAAAAUAUUUUUAUGUACAGUGGGUAUCGUAAGUAUUCACCCCCCUUGGAUUUCUUCACAUUUUAUUGUGUUACAAAGUGGGAUUAAAAUGGAUUUAAUUGACAUUUUUUGGCUACACAAAGUGUUUUUUCUUUUCUAACACUUCUUAAAAACUAAUCGAAAAUAAAACACAAAUAUACCUUGAUUAGAUAAGUAUUCACCCCCUCAGUCAAUACAUGUCAGAAAGACAUUUGGCAGCGAUUACAGCUGUGAGUCUUCUUGGGUUAGUCUCUAAGAGCUUUGCACACCUGGAUUGUGCAAUAUUUGGCCAUUAUUCUAAAAAUAAUUAUUCAAGCUCUGUCAAGGCGUUGGGGGUCAUGGCUACACAGCAAUUUUCAAGUCUUGCCAUAGAUUUGAAGCAGAUUUAAGUCAAAAUGGUAACUUGGCCACUCAGGAACAUUAGCUGUUUUCUUGGAAGCAACUCCAGUGUAGAUUUGGCCUUGUGUUGUAGGUUGUUGUCCUGCUGAAAGGUGAAUUUGUCUCCCAGUGUCUGGUGGAAAGUAGACUGAACCAGGUUUUCCUCUAGGAUUUUGCCUGUGCUUAGCUCCAUCCCGUUUCUUUUGAUCCUGAAAAACUCCCCAAUGAUGCAGCCACCACCACGCUUGAAAAUAUGCAGGCAGUUACUCAGUGAUGUGUUGUGUUGGACUUAUGUGAUUUGGUAGCCCUUAACACUCGUACCUAGCUUGGCUGAUGCGCGACCCACGUGACUACACAGCAGGGAUGUAGAGAGGCUGGUGUAAGCAAUACUAACUCGUACCAGUAUACGGGUUGAAAAUGACAGAUUUGUGCACUGAUGAGCACCUAAAUUGGAACGCAGUGGCUGUACAGAAACAUGCUAUAAAUUACGCCAGAGCUCACGCUCUGUUCUUCACAGCGCUGUAUGGGUUUUAACUGAUAGCCGUUCUGAACUUGAGCACUGCACACAACAAGAAGUUGCCCCCAUCCCUCCAGCUAAUUCAGCAACUUUUGCUCAUUUUUUUGUUGUCUCAGUGAGGGAAGUGCUGUAAAUUAAGAGGACUCUAUGUAUUUUCAAAGAUGAGACGUUGAGUAUUAUGAUAAAUACCGCAUAUCAUAAAAAUCAUGUCAUAUACAGUGUCAACGUUUAUGAUCACUAUGUUUGAUGUACAGUUACAAUAUGACAUUUACAUUUGAGUCAUUUCAUGGCAUCAUUUGAGACAUGGCAUCAUACCCUGGGCUGUUCUUAACAGAAUGAGCCUAUGUUUGUCUAUUGUAAAGAACAUUUGCCACAGAACACGCACCUGAAUGCACGCAUGACUCCUUUCUAUGCGCACCAAAAUUACAAUCGGUUUCACUGAAUUGCCUUGUGAAAGUCUAACACGGUAAGAUCGUAUUUUAUAACUUAGCUAGUCAUGUUGGCAACAGAACUAGCUUUCAAAUGAUGCCCACCUGAACCAGAUUGCAGUUUUGGGAUUGCGUAAACAACUGUAAUUGUGUGAUGGCGGGGAUGCAGGGUUGUGUUCCAUACAAAACAACUACAAGUGUGCUUGCUCUAGUUCCUCAACGGGAUAGCUAGGAGAGCUCAAAAAAGCACCUUAUAGUUGAAGACACUUCUUUUGAGUGAAAGUGCAUUGAAAUUACUUAGGAGCUGUGCACACUUUAUAGAGGUGUGUGGCCACUUGGAAACACCAGUUAGUCCUUUCACUCAAACCCUUGUCAUUUUUCUGUCUUAUGUUGCAACUACCCCAAUUUUUCAGGAAUAUUUUCAGAUUUCGUUAUCAACAAAUGGGGUGAAAAGUACAGUAAAUGUAACACAAAAUCAACAGUGUAAUGUUUGGAUUCAGUCUUGUGUCAGGUGAACUGUUGUGUCCUCAGCUUUGGUCUAAUACUUUUUCUAUUAUCUCCAAACUGUUGCCUUUCAAUAGCUAUCAUGGUUAUGCUUUUCAUAUUUAUUCUGUAAGUAAUAUUUUAAUUUUUCCCUAUCCAUAUAGGCCAAUUCCCACGAGUGUAAAGGGUUAAACCAAAUUUUACUCCUGAACUUAUUUAGGCUUGCGUCAACAAAGGGGGGUGAAUACUUAUGCAACGACUAUAUUUUAGUUAUUACAUUUUUAUAAAUUUGUAAACAUUUGUAGAAUUUUCUUUUCACUUUGACAUUAUGGAGUAUCUUGUGUAGAUCAAUGACAAAAAUGUCAAAUUAAAUGCAUUUCAAUCCCACUUUGAAACGCAACACAAAAUCCAAGUGGGGUGAAUACUUAUGAUCCACACUGUAAUUGACAUAUUGUGGAGAGUCUAUGGUUGUGAUUGGUUUCAUAUAUCGUUGCUAUUCUCUGUGUCUGUCUGUUAGGUGGGCGGGGCCUACUCCUACAAUUGUAGUUUUGGGUACAUCCCUAACGUUGAGUUGAUGAAGUUUAUCUCCCUGGCGACCUUUGGCUCCUACCUGUCCAGCUGCCCUGAGCCUUACCUGGCCAGUCAGGAUAUGAACACCUACCACAAGGCCUUCCUCACAUACUCCUUCCUCAAGAACAGCGAAUCCAUGAACCCUGAGUACAACUGUGGUAAGAAAGGGCAUGGCAUUCGUUAGGGUUGGGCCGAUAUAUGAUUAAAUUGAAUGUCGUGAUAUUUGACAUUGUAAAACAGUACAGUGAAAUUCUUACCUUGAGAGCUCUUUCCAACAGUGCAGUAAUAAUAAUAUAGAUAAUAAUAGAAAAUAGAACCAUUUCUAUCCCCAAGCCAUAAGACUGCUAAAUAGCUAACAAAAUGGCUAUACGGACUAUCUGAGUUGACCCUUGUAUUUUAUUUAUGCACACUCAAAGGACUCUACACACUCACGCACACUGACACUCCAACACUCAUUCACUCACUUACUCACUUCAUUUGCUUACGCACACACAACACGCACACACAUUUAUACUGACUCUACACGCACACACACUCACAUACAAUCAUCGUAUACACUGCUGCUACUCUGUUUAUCAUAUAUCCUGAUGCCUAGUCACCUUACCCUAUAUAUAUAUAUAUAUAUAUACAUACAUACAUACAUACAUACAUACAUACAUACAUACAUGCAUACAUGCAUACAUACAUACAUACAUACAUACAUACAUACAUACAUACAUACAUACAUACAUACAUACAUACACAGUUGAAGUCGGAAGUUUACAUACACUUAGGUUGGAGUCAUUAAAACUCGUUUUUCAAGCACUCCACAAAUUUCUUGUUAACAAACUAUAGUUUUGGCAAGUCGGUUAGGACAUCUACUUUGUGCAUGACAAAAGUAAUUUUUCCAACAAUUGUUUACCAGACAGAUUAUUUCACUUAUAAUUCACUGUAUCACAAUUCCAGUGGGUCAGAAGUUUACAUACACUAAGUUGACUGUGCCUUUAAACAGCUUGGAAAAUUCCAGAAUAUGAUGUCAUGACUUUAGAAGCUUCUGAUAGGCUAAUUGACAUCAUUUGAGUCAAUUGGAGGUGUACCUGUGGAUGUAUUUCAAGACCUACCUUCAAACUCAGUGCCUCUUUGCUUGACAUUAUGGGAAAAUCAAAAGAAAUCAGCCAAGACCUCAGAAAAAAAUUGUAGACCUCCACAAGUCUGGUUCGUCCUUGGGAGCAAUUUCCAAACGCCUGAAGGUACCACGUUCAUCUGUACAAACAAUAGUACGCAAGUAUAAACACCAUGGGACCACGCAGCCGUCAUACCGCUCAGGAAGGAGACACAUUCUGUCUCUUAGAGAUGAACGUAGUUUGGUGUGAAAAGUGCAAAUCAAUCCCAGAACAACAGCAAAGGACCUUGUGAAGAUGCUGGAGGAAACGGGUACAAAAGUAUCUAUAUCCACAGUAAAACGAGUCCUAUAUCGCCAUAACCUGAAAAGCCGCUCAGCAAGGAAGAAGCCACUGCUCCAAAACCGCCAUAAACUAUGGCCAGACUAUGGUUUGCAACUGCACAUGGGGACAAAGAUCGUACUUUUUGGAGAAAUGUCCUCUGGUCUGAUGAAACAAAUAUAUAACUGUUUGGCUAUAAUGACCAUCGUUAUGUUUGGAGGAAAAAGGGGGAAGCUUGCAAGCCGAAGAACACCAUCCCAACCGUGAAGCACGGGGAUGGCAGCAUCAUGCUGUGGGGGUGCUUUGCUGCAGGAGGGACUGGUGCACUUCACAAAAUAGAUGGCAUCAUGAGGAAGGAAAAUUAUGUGGAUAUAUUGAAGCAACAUCUCAAGACAUCAGUCAGGAAGUUAAAGCUUGGUCGCAAAUGGUCUUCCAAAUGGACAAUGACCCCAAGCAUACUUCCAAAGUUGUGGCAAAAUGGCUUAAGGACAACAAAGUCAAGGUAUUGGAGUGGCCAUCACAAAGCUCUGACCUCAGUCCUAUAGAAAAUGUGUGGGCAGAACUGAAAAAGCGUGUGCGAGCAAGGAGGCCUACAAACCUGACUCAGUUACACCAGCUCUGUCAGGAGGAAUGGGCCAAAAUUCACCCAACUUAUUGUGAGAAGUUUGUGGAAGGCUACCUGAAAUGUUUGACCCAAGUUAAACAAUUUAAAGGCAACGCUACCAAAAAAUUGAGUGUAUGUAAACUUCUGACCCACUGGGAAUGUGAUGAAAGAAAUAAAAGCUGAAAUAAAUCAUUCUCUCUACUAUUAUUCUGACAUUUCACAUUCUUAAAAUAAAGUGGUGAUCCUAACUGACCUAAGACAGGGACUUUUUACUGUGAUUUAAUGUCAGGAAUUGUGAAAAACUGAGUUUAAAUGUAUUUGGCUAAGGUGUAUGUAAACUUCCGUCUUCAACUGUAUGAAGCGUGACUGGCUCAUGACAUUUAAACGUGGAUGUACAGAGAAAAUGCCCUCUUUUUUCCUUUUUGUUGUCACUCCUGUUGGCUCCCACAUGAACAUGCUCUCUGAUUGGCUCCAAGUUAUUGGCCACUGACGUGCAUUGCGAUUCUACAAGUAGAAACGGUAGGUUUGUCGCUACCGGGUUGGCAAGCAGCAGAUACCGCUUUUGUUUUUACUAGGAUUAAAUGUCAGGAAUUGUGAAAAAAAAGAGUUUAAAUGUAUCUGGCUAAGGUGUAAACUUCCAACUUCAACUGUAUGUCCUGGAUGGCUGGGAGCUCACCCCCAGUGAUGCACUGGGCCGUCCUCACCACCCUCUGUAGGGCCGUCCGGUCGCGAGCGGUGCAGUUGCCGUACCAGUGAUGCAGCUGUAAAAGUUCCUGAGGAUCUGAGGUGCCAUGCCAAAUCAUUUCAGCCUCCUGAGGGAGAAGAGGCGUUGCCGUGCCUUCUUCACAACAGUUCUGGUGUGAGAGGACCAUGUUAAGUCCUCAGUGAUGUGGACACCGAGGAACUUGACCCUCUCUAUGGUGGCCCGUUGAUGUGGAUGGGGGUGUUCACCCCCCCCCCCCCCCCCUAUUUCCUGUAAUCCACCAUCAGCUCCUUGGUCUUGCUGAGGGAGAGGUUGUUGUCCUGGCACCACACUGCCACUUCUCUGACCUGCAGGCUGUCUCAUCGCCGUUGGUGAUCAGGCCUUCCACUGUCGUUUCGUCAGCAAACUUGAUGAUGGAGUCAUGCGUGGCCACACAGUCGUGGGUAAACAGGGAGGGGGAUGAGCACACAUCCCUGGGGGUCCCCCGUAUUGAGGAUCAAUGUGGCAGAGGUGUUGUUGCCUACACUCACCACCUGGGGUCAGCCCGUCAGUAAGGCCAGGAUCCAGUUGUAGAGGGAGGUGUUCAUUCCCAGGGUUGGUGAUGAGCUUGGAGGGCACUAUGGUGUUGAAUGCUGAGCUGUAGUUGAUGAACAGAAUUAUCACAUAGGUAUUCCUUUUGUCCAGGUGGGAGAAGGCAGUGUGGAGUGCAAUUGAGAUGGCAUCGCCUGUAUAUCUGUUCGGGCGGUAUGCAAAUUGGAGUGGGUCUGGGAUGAUGGAGGUGAUGUGUACCAUGACCAGCCUUUCAAAUCACUUCAUGAUUGCAGAUGUUAGUGCUACAGGGCAGUAGUCAUUGAAUCAGGUAGCCUAAAGCAUGAAACACACAGAGAAUCUCACUGACGAUAGACUUCAGAUCGGUGCUUAUCACAGUGGGAUGCCGUUCCUUCUCUUGCUAGAACAAAAGCGGUAUCUGCUGCUUGCCAACCCGGUAGCGACAAACCUACCGUUUCUACUUGUAGAAUCGCAAUGCUCGUCAGUGGCCAAUAACUUGGAGCCAAUCAGAGAGCAUGUUCAUGUGGGAGCCAACAGGAGUGACAACAAAAAGGAAAAAAGAGGGCAUUUUCUCCGUACAUCCACGUUUAAAUGUCAUGAGCCAGUCACACUUCAUACAGUUGAAGACGGAAGUUUACAUACACCUUAGCCAAAUACAUUUAAACUCAGUUUUUCACAAUUCCUGACAUUAAAUCACAGUAAAAAGUCCCUAUCUUAGGUCAGUUAGGAUCACCACUUUAUUUUGAGAAUGUGAAAUGUCAGAAUAAUAGUAGAGAGAAUGAUUUAUUUAAGCUUUUAUUUCUUUCAUCGCAUUCCCAGUGGGUCAGAAGUUUACAUACACUCAAUUAGUAUUUGGUAGCAUUGCCUUUAAAUUGUUUAACUUGGAUCAAACGUUUCAGGUAGCCUUCCACAAGCUUCCCACAAUAAGUUGGGUGAAUUCUGGCCCAUUCCUCCUGACAGAGCUGGUGUAACUGAGUCAGGUUUGUAGGCCUCCUUGCUCGCACAUGCUUUUUCAGUUCUGCCCACAAAUGUUCUAUAGGAUUGAGGUCAGGGCUUUGUUAUGGCCACUCCAAUACCUUGACUUUGUUGUCCUUAAGCCAUUUUGCCACAACUUUGGAAGUAUGCUUGGGGUCAUUGUCCAUUUGGAAGACCCAUUUGCGACCAAGCUUUAACUUCCUGACUGAUGUCUUGAGAUGUUGCUUCAAUAUAUCCACAUAAUUUUCCUUCCUCAUAUGCCAUCUAUUUUGUGAAGUGCACCAGUCCCUCCUGCAGCAAAGCACCCCCACAGCAUGAUGCUGCCACCCCCGUGCUUCACGGUUGGGAUGGUGUUCUUUGGCUUGCAAGUACCCCCUUUUUCCUCCAAACAUAACGAUGGUCAUUAUGGCCAAACAGUUCUAUUUUUGUUUCAUCAGACCAGAGGACAUUUCUCAAAAAAGUACGAUCUUUGUCCCCAUGUACAGUUACAAACCGUAGUCUGGCUUUUUUAUGGUGGUUUUGGAGCAGUGGCUUCUUCUUUGCUGAGCGGCCUUUCAGGUUAUGUCGAUAUAGGACUCGUUUUACUGUGUAUAUAGAGACUUUUGUACCUGUUUCCUCCAGCAUCUUCACAAGGUCCUUUGCUGUUGUUCAUCGAUUGAUUUGCACUGAUUCGCACCAAACUACGUUCAUCUCUAGGAGACAGAACGCGUCUCCUUCCUGAGCGGUAUGAAGGCUGCGUGGUCCCAUGGUGUUUAUACUUGCGUACUAUUGUUUGUACAGAUGAACGUGGUACCUUCAGGCGUUUGGAAAUUGCUCCCAAGAAUGAACCAGACUUGUGGUCUACAAUUUUUUCUGAGGUCUUGGCUGAUUUCUUUUGAUUUUCCCAUGAUGUCAAGCAAAGAGGCACUGAGUUUGAAGGUAGGUCUUGAAAUACAUCCACAGGUACACCUCCAAUUGACUCAAAUUAUGUCAAUUAGCCUAUCAGAAGCUUCUAAAGUCAUGACAUCAUUUUCUGGAAUUUGCCAAGCUGUUUAAAGGCACAGUCAACUUAGUGCAUGUAAACUUCUGACCCACUGGAAUUGUGAUACAGUGAAUUAUAAGUGAAAUAAUCUGUCUGUAAACAAUUGUUGGAAAAAUGACUUGUGUCAUACACAAAGUAGAUGUCCUAACCGACUUGCCAAAACUAUAGUUUGUUAACAAUACAUUUGUGGAGUGGUUGAAAAACUAGUUUUAAUGACUCCAACCUAAGUGUAUGUAAACUUCCGACUUCAACUGUAUGCAAUGUAGGCAAUUGGGAUGGUAACUAGCUAAGUGCACAGCCAUAAUGCACACAACACUAAAUACUUCCUCCAAGCUAGCUGACCACUGUAGCUAGUAUUGACAUUAUAAUUAUAGGUGCAAUAUGCAGACUUUGUGUUCCUUUUUGUAAUUCGUAAUGGACUGUUUCCCCUGCGUCAUGCGUUGAGCAUCGGAGCCAGUGUAAUAGGAUUCCACCUUGUUCCUAUAUUAUGCUUUUGCCUGUCUGAUGGUCCUGCGGAGGUCGUAGCUGGAUUGGGGAACAGUGAAACUUCACUGUGGGGACAACGUCAGCUAUGUAUUUCCUGAUGAAGCCCGACACAGUUGCAAGACGCCCUAGACGUGAAGUGCAAGACGAUAUAUCAUGAUGUGAAAGACUAUACUCUAUUUUAACUUUACAGUGGCUUUUGUGCAAGGCUCUUGUCAUUUCCAAACACCCUGUCAUUAUCUGUGAAUCAUGUGUUGGAGACACCCACAGUGAUGGCUGCUCUCUGAAUAGAAGUCAGUCUUUAUAUUGAGUGGUUUAACAUAAAGAGAUGCAGAUGAAAGGACAAUGUUUAAUGGCUGGGUCUGACUUCACCUAGACAUAAUGAAAUGGGCUGUCUUUUUACAGUCUUUCCUUCCCAAUAUCUCUCAUUACGUUAAAUACUAUACCUACCUACCGGUGUAUUGUUUUACUGGAGGAGAGUUUGUCACAGUGGAGAUAUCAACAGAGGAAGUGAAAAUGCAUGAUGUUGAUAAUUGUACUUUCAUUUCAUAUACAUUUUUUUUUAUAUGCAUUUUACUGCUUCUAAAUAAAGCAUCUAGGUAGAGCAAUGAUACAGUGCUGGCAGGCAGUUCAGCAGACCAUUACUUUGGCUCAAAUGGCAGACUUAUUGGCUAAUUGUAAGCUGUUAUAAACAUUGAACAUCUUGUUGGCAUGUUAACAAUUCUGUUUUCCAGUGUCUCAGCACAAGCUGUUCAACGAGCACCUGGUGUCAGCCAGUGGGAACCCUGCGUUAGUGAUGAGGAGGAAGAAGCACACAGAGAAGGAAGUGCACGCCCACCUAGUCAGUGUGGUGUCGGUCAGACUGAGAGAGGGAUACACCAUCAGGGAGAUCAACCUCACUAAAGGUACCGGCUCACACCAGCCUCAAGCCUAAUCUCGUUCCAAGCUCAAUUGCUAACACAUAUAGUGCCUGGAAACACUGUGCAACAAAGUGGCAAUGAAAGGGGUGUGGGUUAAAAUCGAGAUGGGAGAGAAAGAGAGCCUGCUACAGCUGUAUUAGAUUGGACUUGCAGAAAAUCGGCAAUAAAAAUAAAUGUUCUAUCACAGCGACCGUAUUAUUUUUGGGAAGCCCAAUUGAUUCUGAUUGGCAUAUAACGUUUAUAUGUGAAAACUAGUUCUAAGAUGCAGACUUUCUGAUUGAAAUCCACAAUGUAGAGAGGAGGUUCUAAGGCUUGUGCUAGAUGGUGAUGGACUGAGAGAUCAGCCAAUUAAAGCAAGCGGUUGUUUUGUCUGCUCCUGCCAUAGACUUCUAGUCAAGUCCUGUUCUGAGGCGCUCAGAAACCAGAAGUCUCGACAGAGAGAGAGAGAGAGAGCAGGCUGGUGGGCGAGAUUAGCCUCAAGCCUAACAUUAAAGUUACUUUCUACUGUCCACACAAGACCCACGAUAUAGAACAUCUGUUUUACUGCAAGUGCAUCCACAAGGCCAACUUUCUUCCACUUUUCCAGACUUACUGUAUACAGUAUUAAAUAAACCAAACUAUUUAUAUAAAGGCAAUGUUUCAGUUUGUGUUUUGGUCCCUCCUCUAGGUGGCACCCAGCUGGAGGUGAAGCUGGUGUUGCUUUGGAAACACAACAUGCGUAUAGAGUACCUGGCGGUGGCCCAGUGGCCCCUGGACCCUGCCAAGAGGACCACUUGGGUAGAGGUCACCAUGGAGGGAAGCUACGACAUCCUUCAUGAUAUCAGCUGUACCAUGAGGAAACCCAUCACCUCAACCUACCGCACCUCCGUCAUCAGGCGCUUCUGGAACACACUGCAGAGGUGACCUUUGACUCACCUGUAUCAAUCUGCCUAAGGAAACUGCUAGGGAAACACACUGAUACAGCUCAUUGUUAAGGAUACUAUUCUAUUGAAAAAUAUAUAUUUUAGUGUUACUCCUAUAAUAGAUAAUCAUAGAACCUACUUAAAAUUGUUUUAAAGCAAUUCUACACAUUUUGCCAUGUCUUAUGCCGUGUCCUAUGCUAUCUGAGUGACUCAAACAUUAUAACAAAAUCAAUGGGGUCCCCAUGCCAUGACAUUUUUUAAAUGUUAGAUUCUCCCUAAAUGUCUAGUUUUUAUUUUGAUGAUUGUUAGUUCUCAAAGAUUAUUAUUUAAACAUAUAUAAACUCAGCAAAAAAAAAAACGUCCUCUCACUGUCAACUGCGUUUAUUUUCAGCAAACUUAACAUGUGUAAAUAUUUGUAUGAACAUAACAAGAUUCAACAACUGAGACAUAAACUGAACAAGUUCCACAGACAUGUGACUAACAGAAAUUGAAUAUGUGUCCCUGAACAAAGGGGGGGUCAAAAUCAAAAGUAACAGUCAGUAUCUGGUGUGGCCACCAGCUGCAUGAAGUACUGCAGUGCAUCUCCUCCUCAUGGACUGCACCAGAUUUGUCAGUUCUUGCUGUGAGAUGUUACCCCACUCUUCCACUAAGGCACCUGCAAGUUCCCGGACAUUUCUGGGGGAAAUGGCCCUAGCCCUCACCCUCCGAUCCAACAAGUCCCAGACAUGCUCAAUGGGAUUGAAAUCCGGGCUCUUCGCUGGCCGUGGCAGAACACGGACCCUCCACCUCCAAAUCGAUCCCACUCCAGAGUACAGGCCUCGGUGUAACGCUCAUUCCUUCGACGAUAAACGCAAAUACGACCAUCACCCCUGGUGAGACAAAACCGCGACUCGUCAGUGAAGAGCACUUUUUGCCAGUCCUGUCUAGUCCAGCGACGGUGGGUUUGUGCCCAUAGGCAACGUUGUUGCCGGUGAUGUUUGGUGAGAACCUGCCUUACAACAGGCCUACAAGCCCUCAGUCCAGCCUCUCUCAGCCUAUUGCGGACAGUCUGAGCACUGAUGGAGGGAUUGUGCGUUCCUGGUGUAACUUGGGCAGUUGUUGUUGCCAUCCUGUACCUGUCCCGCAGGUGUGAUGUUCGGAUGUACCGAUCCUGUCCAGGUGUUGUUACACGUGGUCUGCCACUGCGUCCUGUCUCCCUGUAGCGCUGUCUUAGGUGUCUCACAGUACGGACAUUGCAAUUAAUUGCCCUGGCCACAUCUGCAGUCCUCAUGCCUCCUUGUAGCAUGCCUAAGGCACGUUCACGCAGAUGAGCAGGGACCCUGGGCAUCUUUCUUUUGGUGUUUUUCAGAGUCAGUAGAAAGGCCUCUUUAGUGUCCUAAGUUUUCAUAACUGUGACCUUAAUUGCCUACCGUCUGUUAGCUGUUAGUGUCUUAACGACCGUUGCACAGGUGCAUGUUCAUUAAUUGUUUAUGGUUCAUUGAACAAGCAUGGGAAACAGUGUUUAAACCCUUUACAAUGAAGAUCUGUGAAGUUAUUUGUAUUUUUACGAAUUAUCUUUGAAAGACAGGGUCCUGAAAAAGGGACGUUUCUUUUUUUGCUGAGUUUAUAUACUGUAGCUCCAUUAUCAAUUGUAUAUACUUUAUCUCUGGUUUUAUUCGUUUAAGUUUACACUGAAAACGUUUUAUUAUACCGGAAAUUAUUAAAACAAAUAAUUAUAAUAAUAAUAAUUUGGAGUGGUGUCAGUGAAUAUAGGGGAAACACUGAAUUGAAUUCCAAGUACAAGAUUUUGUAAGUGUAUACUCUGCAUUUCUCCUGUUAAAACACAUGUUAUUAUGCUCUUUUUCUUCACAGUAUAAACCAGACAGAUCAGAUGCUGGUCCACCUGCAGUCUUUUAACUCUCUCCCAGAGAACUACACAAUCCCUGAGAGCACCAAGAAUGGGGUUCCUCUCUUCUACAUCCCACCUGGAUCCACCACGCCAGUAUGUACUCUGUCUGCUCUGGUUAAUCCUUUACUCUUACUAGCACUGAUUUUUCAAAUUCAUUCUUACAUUGGCCUAUAUUCAUACAGCUGAUCUCAGAUCAGGUCCCCACUUUCCAUAGUUUUAUUUGUUAUGGUCUAAAAGACAAAACUGAUCUUAUAAUCACAAAGGCAAAACUGAUCCUGUAUCCGACUGCUCUGAGACACUUUAUGAAUAUGGGCCAUUGAUCCUAGUAACCUAAGGACAGAUAGUCACAGUGUUCCUAUGCUGUUUCCUUCAGGUUCUCUCUCUCCAGCACAGUGGCUCUAAGGACUCCUCCCAGUCCCAGUUUGCCUCCUACUGGAAGCCUAUCCUGUCCAUGGACGCCAACUUCUGGCAGAGAUGGCUUCACAUGCACCGCAUUGCCAUAAUCCUGGAGCAUGACAUGUGAGAGAUGGUUUAUAGAUACUACACUAACUUCUGGUGUCAGUGUCUUAAAUUACAAUGUUGUUAAUUCAUACUGAUUACAUUUCUCAUUUUAGAUGUACUGUAAAGUGAUGUAUCACUGAGAGCAGUCCUCUCCCAGUCAUUUAGUAUAAUUAGUCAAAUCUAGGUAGAAUCUUUUUUUAAAAACUAUUUCAGGUCUACGUACAACUUCAGAAUACAUUUGUUUAUUAUUUCCCCAGUCAUUGUAAUGGUGAUCUCCUGUCUUGUCUUCUCUGCAGGCCUGUGCCCAAGCACCUCCACACUGCCGGUAGUAACGGGCGUUUCAGCACCAUCCAGUGUCGUAUCUCCCACUCAGCCCUCACCUCUUUACUGAGGGACUGGAGCAGCUUUGUACUGGUGGAGGGAUACUCAUAUGUCAAGCUCAUAUACAGGUAGAGGCAGAGAGACUCAUGGGAAAUGUUGUUCACAUUGUGGAGUGAGAUAGAACUGUGUUUAAAUAGUGUUUGUUUUUUCUUUCAAAUACUUGGUCCUCUGUAGCUCAGCUGGUAGAGCACGGCGCUUGUAACGCCAAGGUAGUGGGUUCGAUCCCCGGGACCACCCAUACACAAAAAUGUAUGCACGCAUGACUGUAAGUCGCUUUGGAUAAAAGCGUCUGCUAAAUGGCAUAUUAUUAUUAUAUUAUACUUAAACUGUGAUUGAAUGAACAAAUGGAAUAGUCUCAAAAUGGCAAAACCACUUGAGGCAUAUUCAAUCACAUGCUCAAAGUAUUUGAAAGAAAACACAUACUAUCUUAACCCAGGUCUGGAUUGAGCUACAGUAAAUGACUUGAGUAAGGUUUUAAUGAAUGUCCUGUUCUGUCCCCAGUGCCUCUGACCAGCCCCCCAACUCCUUCUAUCUGGUGCGUCUGAUCUCCAAGGCUCCCUGCAUGGUGCUGAGGCUGGGCUUCCCUAUCGGCACCCUGGCCCACACCAGGAACAAGGUAUGGGACAUGGUCCAAACCAGAAACACUUCUAACCAUUUUUGAUUAAAAUCUAUAUUUUUAAUCUCAAGAGCUGUGCCUAUUUCUCCUCACUAAAUGGAACUAACAAGCAGAAAGAUGUCAGUCGCUAGGUGAAACGUCACCUUUUUUUCUCAGAAUGCUGCAACCCUCUGUUGGUGUGACCUUUAGUUGCCGUUUAUGUAAAUGUUGAUUGUUAACUCAUUGCUGAAGAUGCAAAAAAGAAUCAUGAACAAGGCCAAUAAAGGCAAGUGAACUAAGCUGAACUGUCUGCGAGGGAACCAACCCAUCCUAUUCUUCAGCCCAACCUUUUCUCUGGCCCACAGAUAGUGGAUGAGCUGCGGGAACAGAUCCUGAGGCUUCGCUUCCCUCACCGCGUCCAGAACAAGGAGGCUACGCCAAAGACCAAGAGGAAGAUUUUGGGGCACGCGUCCCCCUCCAAGUCUCCUCCUCUCCCUGCUCCCAAACCUGCGCUCUCUGACCGGCCAUGUGUGGUGGUCCUCAACAAACCUCUGGAGAAACUACUCAUCAGGUCAGUGGAAUGUUGUCAGAUUUGUGCCUUGAGCAUGGCCAUUUUUUCAGUUAUGUGGCUUAUUACUGUAGAUUACAAUUAUUGAGGUCAUAAAACAUAAAGUAUCAGACCUAAAUUUGGAUUAUGAAGACAUUUUACCCAAUUAUAAACAUGAGUACCGGUACUCUGAAUCUAACGGUUUCCAAUCUCCUCCUGUAGGUACGAGAAGCUCCCGUCAGACUUCCGGACCCCGUUUAUUCUGAACAUGGAGAACUUCACCCAGCCCAUCAACAUGACCGUGCCCCUCAGCAUGGCAGCCAAUCGGACGGCCUCAUCCACGCUGGCGUCUCUGUCACGCUACUUCCUCCACCAGCGGUGGGUGUGGACGGUGCAGAGCGGCCUGGGAUCUACCGUACCGUUGCAGGCUGUGGCUCAUAUACUGUCCAUGCUGUCUGAGUGAGUCCCACUGGCAUGUCUAAUGUGACCUGACUCGUGCACUAUGUAUGUAAUGUUUGUGAUUUGCUGUACGCCUGUUUACAUGAAUAUCUGUAUGCUGACAUGCUUUAUGACACAGAAAGACUCUCCAUACGAAUGUAAUGAAGUCAUCAUCAUUAUCAUAUCAGAGAGUUGUUAGGAAGGUCUUAGGGGUACUAACAUCAUCUGACUUGUUUCCCCAGGAUUCGCCUCUCUGAAGGCUUUCAUUUUGCUUCCAGUGGAGAGGGCAUAGUCAACAUGGUGACUGAACUGCCAAUGAAGGUGAGAGUAGCAUGCUGGGGUACUGGGACACUUAGGGACAGCAAACAUUUACUAAACCCAGAUGAACUCAGUACAAAAACCCUCUCACAAAACCUUUGAGUCCUUCAUAAGUAAAAUUGUUAAAUUGUAACCAAAAAAUACUAAUGUAGCGCUGUCUACAUUAACACUGAAAGGAAGAUUAUUCUACACAAUACACACAUACAUAUGUUCUAAUCUGGACAUAUUGAGGCCAGACAGUUUAUUACUGUAUAGUGUUUGCAUUGAAUUCCUAUAAAAAUCCCAUUGUAAUGAUGACUUGUGAUGGUGUGCUCGUAGGGGAUGCCAGAGGCGGUGGACAGAGAAAGUCACACCUGUAUCGUCCAGUAUAUCCUGUUUCCACCUCACUCCACCUCUACCAAGGACAGGUCAGACUGAAUUCCAUAGAAUAUUUGGCCAUUGGUUCUAUUGCUUUAUUCCACCAGUUCCACAAAUUAUACACAUUCUCCAACUGUAUCUACAAAUAUUAAACAUUUAUAAUAACAUAUAUAUUUUUUUAACCUUUUGAACACUUUGGUAUAUUUUGCUGGUUAUUUAGUCAGUAAAUGGUGCUAUUGCUGAAUAAGCUUCUGUAUGUCUCCUCCUGUCCUGACCCCUUGUCUUCCAUCAUGGGGUCUCCAGUUUCUCCACAGACGAUGACAACGAAACAGAGGUGGAGGCCAUUGAUGUGGACACAGAGCUCAACCUGGUGACAGAGUGUUGGGUAGAGCCUCAGAGUGGGACAGUAUGGAGCCCCAGAGACCAACAUAGACACUUCCAGGAGCUCACCUACCAGGGGAUACCACAGGCGGUCAGUAUGUGUAAAACAGCCGAGGUCCUAGAGAAACGACCAUAGAAUAAAAACAAAAUGUGUGUGGGUGGAGAGCGGGUUGGUUUUACAGGUUUGCUCGUUCUAGAUUGUCAGUACUGCAUGUCGUCUUUACUAUCGUGCCAUGGCUGUGUCAGGCUUGAUAGUAAGUUAAACUUAUGUAUCCCUUCAUGGGUAGUGUGAUGCGUAAGACAACAUUUUACAGGAAGUCAUUAGCGGCUGUUAAAAUGUAUGUUCCGAAUAUAACAGGAUAUAAUAAGGACUACAUGAAAGAUGUCUCUCUGCCAAUAGGCAGCGUGCUUGUAAUGGACAUAAAUAACUGGUCUUGUGAUAUUUAUGGGUAUUUUUCUCUUCAUUUUUUCAAACAAUUGGAUCCAAUGAACUGAGCAGGCUAGGCUGACAUGCUUAUAGCCUUUGCUAGGACUUUCUUAAUACAUUUUACAUUUUAGUCAUUUAGCAGACGCUCUUAUCCAGAGCGACUUACAGUUAGUGAGUGCAUACAUUUUCAUACUGGCCCCCCGUGGGAAACGAACCCACAACCCUGGCGUUGCAAGCGCUAUGCUCUACCAACUGAGCUACAGGGGACAGUAUGAGCACGAAUCUAUAAUAUUGUGCUGUUAUUAUUUAUAUUAAUAUUAUCUGUUAUUAUUAUUGUUAUUAUUGUCUUUUUCUGACUGAUUUCCAUGUUAUUUGGUUAGUUCUGUCUUAAAAAGCACCCUCAUAGAUAUACAAUAGACCUAUGUGGCUUUGAAUGUGUGAGUGAAGGGUGGCAGUAUUGAAUUAUGUUAUCAUGGGACUGCCCAUUUUUCCCUCUGGCCUAUGCCAAUUGGCGGCCAAAGGUUUGCCUUAGGACGCGAAGGUGCGUCAUGUGUCAGGGAGAUGGUCUGAUGGUCUUAGUGACAACAGACCUCCGAGAUAUGGGGGGAGGUUUUAGUGGGUGGAAUGUUAAGACAAUUGGAGGUUUACACAGUUGCAGCUACAGUAUGCUUAACAGUGCAAAUAUUAUGGUACAGCUAUAUAGACACUUAAUAAUCAUGACGCUUUUUGAUGGUAAGUUUACAAACAUUGGUUGUGUUAAGUAUAUUUGAAACUAUCUAUCGUUUACAGGAAACUCACUCUGAAAAUAUAGAUGAGGUUGGGUGGAAAAAGGACUGGGAGGGAGAAAUAUAUUUUUAUCAUGGGCAAAGACACUCAAACGGGGGGAUUAUAUUAAAUAACAACAAUGUUGAUCUGAUUUGUGCAAACAGAUCCUCAAGGAAGAUGGAUCCUUUUAAAUAUGCUAUUGGACCAAAAACAGAUCUGGCUAAUUAAUCUAUAUGGGUCAAAUAAUGAUGAUUCACACUUCUUCGAAAAUAUAUAUAAUAAUCUAUUGAGCUCACAAGUAACAAAAGUAUCUAUUAUUAUGGUGGGAGAUUACAAUACGGUUUUAAGUACCUCAAUGGAUUGUAAAAUACAUCACACUACAAACUAUCACCCCCAUGCAGUUAAGGAAACCUCUGACCUAAUGAGAUAUACAGUGGGGAGAACAAGUAUUUGAUACACUGCCAAUUUUGCAGGUUUUCCUACUUACAAAGCAUGUAGAGGUACCUUUUUAUCAUAGGUACACUUCAACUGUGAGAGACGGAAUCUAAAACAAAAAUCCAGAAAAUCACAUUGUAUGAUUUUUAAGUAAUUAAUUUGCAUUUUUAUUGCAUGACAUAAGUAUUUGAUCACCUACCAACCAGUAAGAAUUCCGGCUCUCACAGACCUGUUCGUUUUUCUUUAAGAAGCCCUCCUGUUCUCCACUCAUUACCUGUAUUAACUGCACCUGUUUGAACUCGUUACCUGUAUAAAAGACACCUGUCCACACACUCAAUCAAACAGACUCCAACCUCUCCACAAUGGCCAAGACCAGAGAGCUGUGUAAGGACAUCAGGGAUAAAAUUGUAGACCUGCACAAGGCUGGGAUGAGCUACAGGACAAUAGGCAAGCAGCUUGGUGAGAAGGCAACAACUGUUGGCGCAAUUAUUAGAAAAUGGAAGAAGUUCAAGAUGACGGUCAAUCACCCUCGGUCUGGGGCUCCAUGCAAGAUCUCACCUCGUGGGGCAUCAAUGAUCAUGAGGAAGGUGAGGGAUCAGCCCAGGACUACACGGCAGGACCUGGUCAAUGACCUGAAGAGAGCUGGGACCACAGUCUCAAAGAAAACCAUUAGUAACACACUACGCCGUCAUGGAUUAAAAUCCUGCAGCGCACGCAAGGUCCCCCUGCUCAAGCCAGCGCAUGUCCAGGCCCGUCUGAAGUUUGCCAAUGACCAUCUGGAUGAUCCAGAGGAGGAAUGGGAGAAGGUCAUGUGGUAUGAUGAGACAAAAAUAGAUAUUUUUGGUCUAAACUCCACUCGCCAUGUUUGGAGGAAGAAGAAGGAUGAGUACAACCCCAAGAACACCAUCCCAACCGUGAAGCAUGGAGGUGGAAACAUCAUUCUUUGGGGAUGCUUUUCUGCAAAGGGGACAGGACGACUGCACCAUAUUGAGGAGAGGAUGGAUGGGGCCAUGUAUCACAAGAUCUUGGCCAACAACCUCCUUCCCUCAGUAAGAGCAUUGAAGAUGGGUCGUGGCUGGGUCUUCCAGCAUGACAACGACCCGAAACACACAGCCAGGGCAACUAAGGAGUGGCUCCGUAAGAAGCAUCUCAAGGUCCUGGAGUGGCCUAGCCCGUCUCCAGACCUGAACCCAAUAGAAAAUCUUUGGAGGGAGCUGAAAGUCCGUAUUGCCCAGCGACAGCCCCGAAACCUGAAGGAUCUGGAGAAGGUCUGUUUGGAGGAGUGGGCCAAAAUCCCUGCUGCAGUGUGUGCAAACCUAGUCAAGACCUACAGGAAACGUAUGAUCUCUGUAAUUGCAAACAAAGGUUUCUGUACCAAAUAUUAAGUUCUGCUUUUCUGAUGUAUCAAAUACUUAUGUCAUGCAAUAAAAUGCAAAUUAAUUACUUAAAAAUCAUACAAUGUGAUUUUCUGGAUUUUUGUUUUAGAUUCCGUCUCUCGCAGUUGAGGUGUACCUAUGAUAAAAAUUACAGACCUCUACAUGCUUUGUAAGUAGGAAAACCUGCAAAAUCGGCAGUGUAUCAAAUACUUGUUCUCCCCACUGUACAUGGAGGAGGCUUAAACAAGCUAGCCGUCUUGACUAGUUCCUGGUCUCAUUCUUGCUGGCAUCAAAAGUUGUCUGCUCAAUCCUAACUUACAACUAACUGAUUGCAGCAUUACCACAAAUAUGGAGGAGGCAAUUGGAAGAGAGGGAAGGUAGGGAACUUGUUUGUCAGCUAUAUAUUAAAGAUACAAAUUGGCUGAAAGGAAUUGGAAAAUAUACCAGUUUCAUUUGAGGACAAAAAUGUUGCCAGCUGCACCGUACAGACCCCGUGUAACUCAGUUGGUAGAGCAUGGCACUUGCAACGGCAGGGUUGUGGGUUCGAUUCCCAUGGGGGGCCAGUAAGAAGAAAAAAAAAAUGUAUGCACUCACUAACUGUAAAGUCGCUCUGGAUAAGAGCGUCUGCUAAAUGACUAAAAUGUAAAUGUAAUACAGGUUGCAAAAAAAAGAAGAGAUUUUCGAUGUGCCGAUUACAUGGCACGUUAUAUGUACUGAUACAAAAAACAACACUUGAUUCAACACUUCAAAUGUUUUCGAUUUAAAUUAUUAAACAAAAUUAUUGCCACCAACAGAAUGCUAUAAAGUGCAUUCGGAAAGUAUUCAGACCCCUUGACUUUUUCAGCCUUAUUCUAAAAUGGAGUAAAUUGUGGAAGGGGAACCUUCACCCCAGUCUGAGGUCCUGAGCGCUCUGGAGCAGGUUUUCAUGAAGGAUCUCUCUGUACUUUACUCUGUUCAUCUUUCCCUCGAUACUGACUAGUCUCCCAGUCCCUGCCGCUGAAAAACAUCCCCACAGCAGGAUGCUACCACCACCAUAGGGAUGGUACCAGGUUUCCUCCAGACAUGACGCUUGGCAUUCAGGCCAAAGUGUUCAAUCUUGGUUUCAUCAGACCAGAGAAUCUUGUUUCUCAUGGUCUGAGAGUCCUUUAGGUGCCUUUUGGCAAACUCCAAGCGGGCUGUCUUGUGCCUUUUACUGAGGAGUGGCUUCCGUCUGGCCACUCUACCAUAAAGGCCUGAUUGGUGGAGUGCUGCAGAGAUGGUUGUCCUUCUGGAAGGUUCACUCAUCUCCACAGAGGAACUCUGGAGCUCUGUCAGAGAGAGUGACCAUCGGGUUCUUGGUCACCUCCCUGACCAAGGCCCUUCUCCCCCGAUUGCUCAGUUUGGCCAGGUGGCCAGCUCUAGGAAGAGUCUUGGAGUUCCAAACUUCUUCCAUUUAAGAAUAAUGGAGGCCACUAUGUUCUUGGGGACCUUCAAUACUGCAGACAUGUUUUGGUACCCUUCCCCAGAUCUGUGCCUCAACACAAUCCUGUCUCGGAGCUCUACGGACAAUUCCUUUGACCUCAUGGCUUGGUUUUUGCUCUGACAUGCACUGUCAACUGUGUGACCUUAUAUAGACAGGUGUGUGCCUUUCCAAAUCAUGUCCAAUCAAUUGAAUUGACCACAGGUGGACUCCAAUCAAGUUGUAGAAACAUCUCAAGGAUGAUCAAUGGAAACAGGAUGCACCUGAUCUCAAUUUCGAGUCUCAUAGCAAAGGGUCUGAAUACUUAUUUAAAUAAGGUAUUUCUGUUUUUUAUAUGUGGAAAAAAUUAUAAAACCCUUUUUUCGCUUUGUCAUUAUGGGGUAUUGUGUGUAGAUUGAUAAGAACAUAUUUGUAUUUAGUCAAUUUUAGACUAAAGCUUUAAUGUAACAAAAUGUGGAUAAAGGGAAGGGGUCUGAAUACUUUCCCGAAUGCACUGUGUAUAUAUGGGGCAUACAACAGUCUCAGCUCUGUAGAUUUUGCUGCGAAGAGACAGAAUCACUAGAUAAUGUAUUCUGGUAUUGCCCCUAUGUAGGUUGUUUCUGGUCACAGGUUCAGGAAUGGUUAAAAAACAUAACAUUUACUUCAAAUUAAUCUUACAAAUAGCAGUGUUGGGCGAUUUGGAAAGCCAUAGUCAAUCAAUCAGUAAUAUAAUAAUACUCGUAGGAAAGGUUUUCAUCUUUAGCUCACAAUCUGAGGAUACUAUGCUAUUAGAAAGGUAGAAAAUUAAUUUACACAUCACAGCACAAUUGAAAAAUAUUUGGCACAUGGAAACCAAAUGAGGGUGGUCUAUGGUGAUAGGUGGGAUCGGCUGAGAGUGGCUGAGGGGUGGGAUUAAAGAGUUUAUGUUCAGUAAUGUAUUAUUGUAUAUGAUUUCUGUAUAUAAAAGUACCAUGUAUCUAAAAUGUAUAUGUAAAAUAUAUAUAUAAAAUGUAUCUACAGUCCCCUGGAGCUCAGUUGGUAGAGCAUGGCGCUUGCAACACCAGGGUUGUGGGUUCAUUUUCCAUGGGGGGCCAGUAUGAAAAUGUAUGCACUCACUAACUGUAAGUCGCUCUGGAUAAGAGCGUCUGCUAAAUGACUAAAAUGUAAAAUGUAUAUGUAGCAGAAAAUAUGUAAAAACCAAAAAAUAUAUGUGUCUUCCGAAGAGGGGGGUUAAUAUACAUAUAUAAAUAAAUAAAUACAAUUGUGAGUUUACUUUAUCCACAGAUCUUCCCCCGGGAUCUGACGUGUAUGUCCACCAUGAUGACGUUUGAGUACCUGAGCCAGCUGUGCCAGAACAAGGAGCAGGUGUACCCUCCCACCGGGCCCGCUGCAGGGGAACCCCCAGCCUCUGAGGACUGCAUCCACACUGUUCCCUUCCAGUUUGACCUCAUAGAGCUGCUGCCCAAGUGCCAACAGAUAGAAAUCUUCUUCCUCACUCUCAGCAGAGGUGAAUUUGAUCAUGUUAUAAUGUCUUCAAGGAUCUUAUUGUUAUCAAACAUUAAUUUAUAAAUUGUAGCAAAUUCAAGGAAUCGCUCAAACCUGAGUCUCUGCGACUGUUAGCCCAACACCUUAGCCAUUACAUCUUGACUUGGUCGCUAGGUGUUGUCGCUGCAAUAUUCUGAAGAUGGUGGAUGAAUUAAUGGAUACUUAUUUGUGUGUCUUGCAGUGGAGAAUGAGGAGGUGUCCCAGAGUACCCCCUAUAUUCCCAACGAGCUCCUGCUGAGCCUGUUCCACAGCAGCUUGCAACAGGAGCUCAGUGACCGGGAGAUCCCAUUGGCUGACCAGGACAACGUCACCUUCAUGCAUCACAUCCUAGACAGGGAACGAGACGGACAUGUUGCACCCUUCUCUCUACCUGUCAUCAGAGGUAGGCAUUGCAAAUGUGUGCUUCUGCUAUGCACCUGCUUGUUCUUUGGGGUCUAGGCUGGGUUCAUGUAAAGCACUUUGUGACAACUGUUGAUGUAGAAAUGGCGUUAUAAAUACAUGUUGACUGACUGAAAAGAACAGAAUCCUGCUAAUGAUUGUAUUAAUUAUGUAACAACAUCCUAUACUCCUGCACACAUGUUGUAAUUGCCUUGCCAAUGUGGUUCCUUUCAAUGUUUUGAUUGAUUGAGUGAUUGGUAUUGUUACUUUCCCUUGACAGAAGAGUGCCUGAAACCUCCAGAGAGACAGGACACAGUGAUGUCCUUCCACACUACAGGGAGCAGUAAGGAGGUGACAGGAUCAACCAGUACCCUUCAGGUAAACCUUUUAACCAGUCUGCAUUCUCUCUUCAGGGAAAGAUAUCCAGAAGGUUUCUCCUUGGCAUUGAUAUUGGUUUUAUGCAGUGUAAAAACAAUGUAAAACCACCAGUUGGCCAGAGGUUCUGUUUUGGAUGUCCAGACAUGGUUUAUACUACCCUCUUCUUCCUCUCAUUGAAACUCUGUCCACCUUGGGCAAAACUUGUUUUUGUCUAUUUUGUAACACUUGUCCUGCUCAGUUAUGCCUCAGUUUGUCCCCUCUUUCUCUCAGAGUUUCAGCAAUGCAGACCUGGUGGAUGAGGAGGCAGUCCCAGUGGAGAGGGAUGGGUCUACCCCUCAGUGGAAGUGUUACGCCAAGUACAUCAGCCCCCAACAGAUCCUACUGACCUUCCUCCCUUCCACCUUCACAGGUAGGUACCCGCUACUGUUCUCUGUGCUCUGCUGUAGUUGUGUGCUGUACAAUAGUCAUACGAAUCCUAUGUACUUAGGCUAGCCACCAGCCUGGCAUCAUGUGCUAGUUUUAACUGAUUGUGAUCGACAUGCUUAUCAUCAUAAAGUGGUACAGCUACAGUGCUGGUGUUCAUAGAUGUUGCUAACCCCCCCCCCCCCCCCCCCAAAUUUUUUGUUAAAAUAAUAAUGACCCCCCCCCCCCCCCCCCCAGCUCUGACUCUACUGAUAGCUACGUUAUUGAGGAAAAAUUUACGUUCUAUGCCUGUGAUAUGUGGUUAUAGCACCUAGCUAUCUUAAGACGAAUGCAGUAACUGUAAGUCGCUCUGGAUAAGACUGUCUGCUAAAUGACUAAAAUGUACAACAUUUACGGUACUAUGUCAAUAAAGCUCUUGGAAUUGAACUUUGUUGUGUUUUCUCUGCAGAUGUCCAGAUGUUGAUGUCAUCUGGGCUGGAGACAGAGCCCCAGGAUAACGGAGAUGAUGACGACACCCUGACUACCAGCAACAAAUCACAGGCUGAUUCUCACUCUGGCUCCACCAAUGGGCUGGAUGGUGGGUUGAGUGGCGGGCUGAGGUCCCCCAUGCUCUCCCCUGGUGGUGGUGGUCCUGCGGGACCCAGGUCGCCCCUGCUCUCCCCUGGAUCUGGGAGCUCCACGGUGGAGCAGGACAACUGGGAGAGCCGUCCCUCUGAGCCAGAAAAUGGCACCAAAGGUGCAGGUAAGUACUAUAGGAUUAUUGUGUCAUUAGUCCUUUCCUACCAACAUACUGUACCUCAUCACUAACCCAACCCUCUGUAUUUAUAUCUGUCUCUCGCUCUGCAAUAACAUAAUGUUACUGUUGUGAAAGGGAAGGAAAGGGAUGGGGCUCCCUGAGCAAAUUGGAAAUGAUUUUCGUCUCUGUCUCUCUCUCUCUCCCUCUCUCAGGUGUGGAGGAGAGGGACGGGGUGCAGUUCGCUGAGCCCCAGAAGAGAGACUUCCACAUCACGUUCAGUCGCCAGGCGUCCCAGCAGAGCUCAGGGGACCUGUCCCGUCUGCGCUGCCCCGUAUACGUCUAUAACUGUUCCCUGGACUCUCUGAAGGAUCAGCUACUCAAUCCCCACUCUAACAGGCAGCCAAGGGACAUCUUCUUCAGGUACCCAGUAACACACACCCAUACACACACUGGGACUACUGAUGGGGAGCACAUCUGGGUUCAAAUAGGAUUUGUUUUCUUUCAAAUACUUUAGCUGCACUUGAUUGAGGAAGGAGCUUGCCCAAUUCAAUGUUAUCACUUGAAUAUUCUCAGAAUGGAAAAACCAGCUGUCUGGGACUGAGGAGUAUUGAGGAGGAAACAAAUUCAAUUUGAACCCAGGUGUUGUGAGCGGAACAGGGCAGAUCCAAGGCUCCGUGUAUGCAGCACUUUACUUAUCAUCCGUUUAAUCACCUUACCAUCCAUCAUAUGUGACUGCCUCUUGAAACGCUCACAGUCAGAAGUCCUACCAUGCCAUACCAGAUUAUACCCUUCAUACCCUUCAUAAGUCUACCCUUCACUUAACAUUGGCUACCAGCAAGCUCAUUGUUGUUGGUUGAGCCCCAUGCUAACAUUGUGCAUCUCUGAUUGUUUUCCUGUACUAUGGUGAAAAAUAGACCUCAAGACGCUGACUCCUGGGAGAUGUAUCAGCAGAUGAAGUUCAGGUAGCACAGCACACAGCACAGCACAGCACAGCUAGCUUGCUGCUGCUUCCAUCAUCCUGCUGCGCACCUACCCCCCCCCCCCCCCCCCCCCCCCCCCCCCAUCCUCCUCUUCCUCCUCCCCUCCGUCCCUUCCUGGUGUAGAGCUGUGGUGAGAUCAAUCUCAAUGAAUCUUUCCUCAAUUCCUUGCAUCUUAUCUCCUUGCAUCUUUCUCAAAAGACAUAGGAGAAGAAGGUCUGAAGGGAGGGACCUUGGACGUUCUCCUCCAAUACGGUUGAGAAGGAGGUGAGGAGAAAAGACACAAGGACUCAUGGAAAGAUUAAUUGAUGGGGUUUCGAGUCAGUGCCUGUGGGAGGGACUUAGGCCUGGCCACAUGCUCCUAGCUCCUCCUUUUUCAUACCAGGGAGAGGUUGCUCCUCCUCUCUAAGUGGGUGAGGCUGAGGGCAUCUCUCUCUCACUCACUCCAGGCCUGUGUUGCUAUUGGGAGGUUGGUAUCUGCCUCCAGAUAAGACUGUCACCUCUAGACAUUUUGACUUUAUAUUAAUUUGCAUAAUUGAAGGCUUGACUCCACAAGGCACUUAUGUUUGCUGGAGCUCAUAGCUUCUUGUAGGAGGCGGUCUCUCUCUCUGCAGUCAGAUACCAAUGGGUGGAACUGUCAAAAAUCAACAUGUCUGCUGUGUGAACUGACAAUAUCUAACUAAUUGCAUGUUCCCAGAAAAUCAAAUUUGGUUCAUGCAGUUGCAGUAGUAUUUUCAUGCUUCUCUGGGGGUUGUGGUGACUUUUGCAGACCCUACUUGAUGCCAUGGGCGUGGUGCUAUGAAAGUCUCUCCUCUAAGCCUAUGAUUAAACAAUUCAUGUUUUUAAUGAAUAAACAAGUUCCUUGGUACUUUUUUUUUUUCAUCCGCAAGUUCCAAGUCAAGUCAAAUAUGGGAAUUAUACACUUGUGUAUCAUAGGACAGGACCGACCAUGUGCUGAUCUCAGAUUAACAUUAGACACAUAGUAUUGACAUAUUGGAUACAUUUUCGGAACUGCUUAUUUCCCCCGUUAAAAAGCACGCUUUGGAGCUCUAAUGUUGUUCAGUGACCGCUCAUCCUCAAGCUAAUAGACUUUAACAGCAUCCUCCUCAAUGCAUAAUGCAACAUUACAUGGAGCUGGACAGUGUGUUUAUUUUCUAACAGAGAUUAAAUAUCAUCAGAGAUUUGUGUUUUUUAUGACGUGAGAUUAGAGACUGUGUUUGCAAAGGAGAUAUGCGGCAUGUUAAUUGGGGGGUGAGAUGAGAUUGUGUUUUCAAAGGGGUGUGUAAAAUAACCGUGUUAUAUCUAAUGAUUAGGCUAUGCUCCCUCCUUUCUAUGGCUUGUAUGUUACUUCCACAGAUCUACUAUUUGGCUUCCUGAUUCUGAGCUUUCUCCUCUUCUUCUUCUCUAACGGUGUUGUUUUUUUUUGUGUGUGUCCGGUGUGUGUGUGUUUGUCUGGCCGAUGUCUGUCCUCUUCCCCCUGCAGAUCUCUAUCUCAGGAACGCAGCAGCACCUCCUCCUGGACAGACCUGAUGUCGCAGCCUCAUAAAAAUAAGGAGCUGGCCAACUACUGCAGCCUGCUACAGGAGCACUACCACCAGUGUUAUGUCAAAGGUAAGACACUACUGCCAGCAAGUAUCGCUGACAGACAUUAACAUUUUUGGUAACAGCCUGUCACGAGAGACUAAGUCAAAGAUGACCAGUCCAGUCUGACCGCUUAAUCUGUCUGUGUAGCUAGCAUUUGACCACUGCGACAGCCAGACGUCAUAAAACACCCCUUAAAUAUACUGUUCAGGAAAUGAGAUACGGUACCUCUGUCUUCUGACUCGCAAAUGACUGACGCAGAGAGGAACCCAAUGGUAAUGUACCCUGCUUUAUGGCACUAAAAGGAAAUGAGAUGGGCUACUGGUGCUGGGGAAAGCAGUUGGCAGGAGAAGUUUAUUAUUGACCACAGUAUAGGCUAGCAGUUGAUUCUCUUCCUAUUCCCUAUAUAGUACACUACUUUUGAUCAGGGAAUUACACCCUAUUCCCUAUAUAGUACACUACUUUUAAACAGUGCAUUGCACCCUAUUCCCUAUAUAGUGCACUACUGUUGAACAGAGUCCUUUAGGCCUGUGACUCGACACACACACACACACACACACACACACACACACACACACACACACACACACACACAUAGACCCGAAGAUAGCGCCUCCACUACUACAGGGCAAGCCUGGGCUUUUUAAACACGACGACAGACAGCCCCCAUCUCUCACCUGCGUCAUCCCAGUGACGGAAAAAUCAAUUAGAGGAGUGUUUAAACUGUCAGGAUUGGCUUUUAUGCUCCUUGGCAGAAGCAUCUGUAAACGUCAAUCAGGAGGAGAGCAACUAGACGACGCAUGCAUGCACGCACACACACACACUAGACAACUCUGUUGAGGCGAAAUAUCCGCUUCUCUCUGACAAGCCUGAUGGAUUUAAAUUGGUGCACAUUUCAGGUGCUGACUGUCUGUCAUGCAGAUAUAGUCACACCACGGCAGCAUAUUUUCGCUCACUGCUCACUGAGUCGAGAGGUUAACAGAAAAUGUAUACCCUGUGGUACUGAAAAAAAGCACAAUUUAAAACCUGUUCUCUCAAGAUUAAUUUGAUAUAAACAACAUCCAGAUAAAAGUAUUGACUCAUUUGUUAGGGUAUAUUACAGUGCCUUCAGAAAGUAUUAAUUGUGUUGUGUUACAGCCUGAAUUAUAAAUUGAUUAAAAUAAAUAAAUCUCACCCAUCUACACACAAUACCCCAUAAUGACAAAGUUAUUUUUGGGGGGAAUAAUUUUUAGCAAAUGUAUUGAAAGUCAAAUACAGAAAUGUCUCAUUUGCAUAAGUAUUCACAGCCCUGGGUCACUACAUGUUAGAAUCAGCUUUGGCAGCGAUUACAUUUUUUACAUUUUAGUCAUUUAGCAGACACUCUUAUCCAGAGCGACUUACAGUUAGUGAGUGCAUACAUUUUCAUACUGGUCCCCCUGUGGGAAACGAACCCACAACCCUGGCGUUGCAAGCACCAUGCUCUACCAACUGAGCUACACGGGAUUACAGCUUUGUGUCUUUCUGGGUAAGUCUCUAAGAGCUUUGCACAGCUGGAUUGUACAACAUUUGCACAUUAUUCAAGCUCUGUCAAGUUGGUUUUUGAUCAGCCAUUUUCAAGUCUUGCCAUAGAUUUUCAAACUGAUCCAAACUGUAACUAAGCCUCUCAGGAACAUUCAAAACUCCCUAGUCCUUGCCGAUGACAAGCAUACCCAUAACAUAUGAAGAGUGGUACUCAGUGAUGUGUUGUGUUGGAUUUGCGCCAAACGUAACGCUUUGUAUUCACGACAUAAAGUUAAUUUCUUUGCCAAAUUUUAGCAGUUUUACUUUAGUGCCUUAUUGCAAACAGUAUGCAGGUUUUUGAUAAUUUUUAUUCUGUACAGGCUUCCUUUUCACUCUGUCAUUUAGGUUAGUAUUGUGGAGUAACUACAAUGUUGUUGAUCCAUCCUAUCACAGCCAUUAAAAACAUAAUUCCACAAAAUCUCAAUGUAAAUGUUUUUUUGUUUUGUUUUUUUUGGUGUGUUUGACCCCCUUUUUCUCCGAAAUCAAAUCAAACAUGUUUUUGUCACAUGCGCCAAAUAAUACAGGUGUAGACCUUACAGUGAAAUGCUUACUUACAAACCCUUAACCAACAAUGCAGGUUUAAGAAAAUAAGUGUUAAGUAAAAAGUAGAUAAGUAAAAAAUAAAAAUUACAAAUAAUUAAAAAGCAGCAGUAAAAUAACAGUAGCGAGGCUAUAUACAGGGGGUACCGGUACAGAGUCAAUGUGCGGGGGCACAAGUUAGUCAAGGUAAUUGAGGUAAUAUGUACAUGUAGGUAGAGUUAAAGUGACUACAAUGCAAAUAGUCCGGGUAGCCAUUUGAUUAGCUGUUCAGGAGUCUUAUGGCUUGGGGGUAGAAGCUGUUAAGAAGCCUUUGGGACCUAGACUUGGCGCUCCGGUACCGCUUGCCGUGCGGUAGCAGAGAGAACAGUCUAUGACUAGGGUGGCUGGAGUCUUUGACACAUUUUAGGGCCUUCCUCUGUCACCGCCUGGUAUAGAGGUCCUGGAUGGCAGGAAGCUUGGCCCCAGUGAUGUACUGGGCCGUACACACUACCCUCUGUAGUGUCUUGCGGUCGGAGGCCGAGCAGUUGCCAUAUCAGGCAGUGAUGUAACCAGUCAGCAUGCUCUCGAUGGUGAAGCUGUAGAACCUUUUGAGGAUCUGAGGACCCAUGCCAGAUCUUUUCAGUCUCCUGAGGGGGAAUAGGCUUUGUCGUGCCCUCUUCACAACUGUCUUGGUGUGUUUGGACCAUGGUAGUUUGUUGGUGAUGUGGACACCAAGGAACUUGAAGCUCUCAACCUGCUCCACUACAGCCCCGUCGACGAGAAUGGGGGCGUGCUCGGUCCUCUUCUUUUUCCUGGAGUCCACAAUCAUCUCCUUUGUCUUGAUCACAUUGAGGGAGAAGUUGUUAUCCUGGCACCACACGGCCAGGUCUCUGACCUUCUUCCUAUAGGCUGUCUCAUCGUUGUCGGUGAUCAGGCCUACCACUGUUGUGUCGUCAGCAAACUUAAUGAUGGUGUUGGAGUCAUGCCUGGCCAUGCAGUCAUGGGUGAACAGGGAGUACAGGAGGGGACUGAGCACACACCCCUGAGGGGCCCCCGUGUUGAGGAUAAGCGUGGCAGAUGUUGUUACCUACCCAUACCACCUGGAGGCGGCCCGUCAGGAAGUCCAGGAUCCAGUUGCAGAGGGAGGCGUUUAGUCCUAACUACUACGCUGAGCUGUAGUCAAUGAAUAGCAUUAUCACGUAGGUGUUCCUUUUGUCCAGGUGGGAAAGGGCAGUGUGGAGUGCAAUAGAGAUUGCAUCAUCUGUGGAUCUGUGGGGGCGGUAUGCAAAUUGGAGUGGGUCUAGGGUUUCUGGGAUAAUGGUGUUGAUGUGAGCCAUAACCAGCCUUUCAAAGCACUUCAUGGCUACAGACGUGAGUGCUAUGGGUCGGUAGUCAUUUAGGCAGGUUACCUUAGUGUUCUUGGGCGCAGGGACUAUGGUGGUCUGCUUGAAACAUGUUGGUAUUACAGACUCAGUCAGGGACAGGUUGAAAAUGUCAGUGAAGACACUUUCCAGUUGAGUACGUCCUGGUAAUCCGUCUGGCCCUGCGGCCUUGUGAAUGUUGACCUGUUUAAAGGUCUUACUCACAUCGGCGACUGAGAGCGUGAUCACAUAGUCAUCCGGAACAGCUGAAGCUCUCAUGCAUGCUUCAGUGUUAUGUGCUCUGGUAGGCUCGUGUCACUGGUCAGCUCGCGGCUGUGCUUCCCUUUUGUAGUCUGUAAUAGCCCUGCCACAUCCGACAAGCGUCGGAGCCGGUGUAGUACGAUUCAAUCUUAGUCCUGUAUUGAUGCUUUGCCUGUUUGAUAGUUUGUUGGAGGGCAUAGCAGGAUUUCUUAUAAGCGUCCGGGUUAGAGUCCUGCUCCUUGAAAGCGGCAGCUCUACCCUUUAGGUCAGUGCGGAUGUUGCCUGUAAUCCAUAGCUUCUGGUUGGGGUAUGUACGUACGUUCACUAUGGGGACAACGUCAUCGAUGCACUUAUUGAUGAAGCCAUCGGAAGAAUCCCGGAACAGUCCUGUAGCUUAGGAUCUGCGUCAUCUGACCACUUCUUUAUUGACCGAAUCACUGGUGCUUCAAUUUCGAUCUUGUCUCAUCACAGCAACUCCCCAACCAUGACCCGCCUAACCGCGCUUCUUAACACCUGCCCGCUUAACCCGGAAGCCAGCCUCACCAAUGUGUCGGAGGAAACACUGUUCAACUGACGACCGAGGUCUGGCUGCAGGUGCCCAGCCCACCACAAGGAGUCGCUAGAGCGCGAUGAGCCAAGUAAAGCACCCCGGCCAAACCCUCCCCUAACCCGGACGACGCUAGGCCAAUUGUGCACCGCGCUAUGGGACUCCCGAUCACGGCCGGUUGUGAUACAGCCUGGGAUCGAACCCAGGUCUGUAGUGACGCCUCUAGCACUGCGAUGCAGUGCCUUAGACCGCUGCGCCACCCGGGAGGCCCAAUGUAAUCCAUUUUCAAUUCAACACAAUCUGGAAAAAACUCAAGGGGUGUGAGUGCUUUCUGAAGGCACUGUUUUUUUAUGUGGAUUUAUGUGCUGUACUUGACUGAACUAACCGUGGAAUAGUUGGCCCAGAUUCGUAUUUGAGAGUAUAGUGGAAGGUUUUUGAUAAUGUAGUUAGUAGCUAAGAUAUUCCUUGCAUCCUCUCUCCUCCCCUCAUUUUCAGAUUACAUUGGAGAUCGUCCACUUUUACGUUCUCCUUUAAUGCACUUGAGAAGGAGGCGAGGAGAUAAGAUUUGAGGAAUCGUGGAAAGAUGAAUUAAGACAGAGCAGGCAUGUAUCUGAAGUGCGUGCGUGUGCAUGAUCGUGUUCUCUCCCCCUAGGUGUGUACCACAGCCUGCAGCAGUCCCACAGCAUCAGUUCCCAGGACUUGCUGACAGCCAUGGACUACUGUGAGGAGUCUCUCCAGGAGAUAGACAUCACUUCCUUCCUCCAGACGCUCUGCGGACACAUCCGGGUGUUCCGAGAGCGCCAUGGAGACGGCGGGGUCAGGGGUCACAGCAGCAACUCCGCCACCUUCACCGUCGGCGAGGCAGAGGAGGACGGGCCGGUCAAGAGGGGACCCAUGGCUUCCUCAUCCAGGUACUACUGGGACCUACAGAGCAGUUACCCAUUUCAAAUAUUCGAAGUACUCAAGGUGUGUUUGACUGGUGUGUUUUGUCUCUGGCUGGAGCAGCCUUCUACUAUUAAUUAUCAAAUAAAUUAAAACAAACAAUCUGGAGUUUGCACUUUUGGGACCAUCCCAUGUCCCUAACAAACUAAAUCAAGGGCACCUGAAGUAUAUUAAAUAUUUUAUAUACAUAUUCGACCCAGGUCGGCAACAGAAUGAUCCUCAGAAUGUAAUCUGACCUUGGCCCAGAGCUUAAUUCACACAGAGUGGGUAUAUACAGGACCUUUGUUUGUUUGGUUUGUUUUGGUACUUGUUUGGUUCAGACUAUUGAUUGACGGUGCUGAAUGGUGCUCUAUGAGUGAAUAUGACGACCUUGUAUCUGCAAGUAUUGAGAUGGAGGACGUGAGUGAGGCAGAGUCUAGGGGGAAGGCCUCAGCCCCAAACUCCCCCCGCGGCCUGGACGAACCCCCCAGGACCACCAGGAUACCAGAGUUCCCUCUGUCCCUCCUCCACCUUCAGCAGAAGUGUGAGGUCUACCCUGACCUGCACAAAAUCAUACAGGUAAACAACUGAAGGAUAAAUAAUGUUAGAAUGGAAAGACAUUUGUUGGAUUAUGAAUUAUGUUACAAUUUGAUGCUCUUGUUAUAUAACCGUUUUAAAGCUAGCUAAUACCUGUAUUCAACAGGACAAAUUCAUGGAAAUUGGUGCUCAGUACUUCAAGACCGUGCCUUCCAAUCCCCACUACUUCUACUAUUGCCCACCAUCAUCUAAGAAAGAGGUACGUGUAUGUUAUUUCCUAUCCAUUGUUCUGAGUCUCUGUGGUACGUGAAUGCCUGGUUGGUAUCCACCCUCAGGACACUGAAGAUGGCACUGGCUGUCGAAACAUUGGUUCAGUGCUAACUAACUGAGACUGUGAAUAAUAUAGUGUUCUUAAUCUUAUUUAAUUUUUUGUCCUUCUCCUAAGGACUCUGAUAGGGAAGAGGAGAGACGACUUAGUGAAGAGGUUGUCUCAGAGGCUGAGCCUGCUACAGAGGACGGUGAGGAUCCUUGUAUUUUAGUUGCUAGGAUUACUUGGUGUAACCCCCCGCCUAAGAUCUUCUAGUUAACAAAACAUCAGAUACUCUAUACUCAUCCUGUGCACGACAGAGAACAUGUAGUUAAGGAUACGUCAUAAGUCCUGUGCGCUAUGUCAUAAUGCUGUGUACUAUGUCAUCCUAAUGUCUUCCACCUGUGCACCUCAGAGAACAUGUCGGGCUGUUGCAUCAUGAUGGAGAGCGACACAGACCUGGAGGUGGAGUACCAGGAGAGGGCUGGAGGCCGGAGUUGCAUAGGGGCAGACGGAGAGGGGGAAGCAGGGGGAGAGGGGGAGGAUGAGUCCCUGUCUGACUCCAACACGGUGAACCAGGAUGAGGACUCCUUCAGCAUCCUAGAGGGAGACAGCCUGUUGGAGCCAGAGGGGCCUCAGCCUGAGAUGCCGCCGCUGUUCGUCCACCUCACCUGCUCUGUUAACACGAAGAGCUGCCACGGAUCCAUGCCCAUAACCACGCUACCCACCUGCCUGGGUGAGUACACACUGUACCUGGCACCCCUCACAACCCUCACAUAAGAGACACAAGCCAAUAGACAGUGUGUGAAUCAGACCUGGGUUCUCAAUCUCAAGGCCAUCAGACUGUUAAAUAACCUUCACUAGCCGGCUACCACCCGGUUACUCAACCCUGCACCUUAGAGGCUGCUGCCCUAUGUACAGUUGAAGUCGGAAGUUUACAUACACUUAGGUUGGAGUCAUUAAAACAUGUUUUUCAACCAGUCCACACAUUUCUUGUUAACAAACUAUAUUUUUGUCAAGUCGGUUAGGACAUCUACUUUGUGCAUGACACAAGUAACUUUUUCCAACAAUUGUUUACAGACAGAUUAUUUCACUUAUAAUUCACUGUAUCACAAUUCCAGUGGGUCAGAAGUUUACAUAAACUAAGUUGACUGUGCCUUUAAUCAUGGGAAAAUCAAAAGAAAUCAGCCAAGACCACAGAAAACAAAUUGUAGACCUCCACAAGUCUGGUUCAUCCUUGUGAGCAAUUUCCAAACACCUGAAGGUACCACGUUCAUCUGUACAAACAAUAGUACGCAAGUAUAAACACCAUGGGACCACGUAGCCGUCAUACCGUUCAGGAAGGAGACACGUUCUGUCUGCUAGAGAUGAACGUACUUUGGUGUGAAAAGUGCAAAUCAAUCCCAGAACAACAGCAAAGGACCUUGUGAAGAUGCUGGAGGAAACGGGUACAAAAGUAUCUAUAUCCACAGUAAAACAAGUCCUAUAUCGACAUAACCUGAAAGGCCACUCAGCAAGGAAGAAGCCACUGCUCCAAAACCGCCAUAAAAAAGCCAGACUACGGUUUGCAACUGCACAUGGGGACAAAUAUCUUACUUUUUGGACAAAUGUCCUCUGGUCUGAUGAAACAAAAAUAGAACUGUUUGGCCAUAAUGAUCAUUGUUAUGUUUGGAGGAAAAAGGGGGAUGCUUGCAAGCCAAAGAACACCAUCCCAACCGUGAAGCACGUGGGUGGCAACAUCAUGCUGUGGGGGUGCUUUGCUGCAGGAGGGACUGGUGCACUUCACAAAAUAGAUGGCAUCAUGAGGAAGGAAAAUUAUAUGGAUAUAUUGAAGCAACAUCUCAAGACAUCAGUCAGGAAGUUAAAGCUUGGUCGCAAAUGGGUCUUCCAAAUGAACAAUGACCCCAAGCAUGCUUCCAAAGUUGUGGCAAAAUGGCUUAAGGACAACAAAGUCAAGGUAUUUGAGUGGCCAUCACAAAGCCCUGACCUCAAUCCUAUAGAACAUUUGUGGGCAGAACUGAAAAAGCGUGUGCGAGCAAGGAGGCCUACAAACCUGACUCAGUUACACCAGCUCUGUCAGGAAGAAUGGGCCAAAAUUCACCCAACUUAUUGUGGGAAGCUUGUGGAAGGCUACCCGAAAUGUUUGACCCAAGUUAAACAAUUUAAAGGCAAUGCUACCAAAUACUAAUUGAGUGUAUGUAAACUUCUGACCCACUGGAAAUGUGAUGAAAGAAAUAAAAGCUGAAAUAAAUCAUUCUCUCUACUAUUAUUCUGACAUUUCACAUUCUUAAAAUAAAGUGGUGAUCCUAACUGACCCAAGACCGGGAAUUUUUACUAGGAUUAAAUGUCCGGAAUUGUGAAAAACUGAGUUUAAAUGUAUUUGGCUAAGGUGUAUAUAAACUUCCGACUUCAACUGUACGUAGACAUGGAAUCACAGGUCACUUUAAUAAUGUUUACAUACUGCUUUACUCAUGUAAUAUGUAUAUACUGUAUUCUACUGUAUUUUAGUCAAUGCCAUUCUGACAUUGCUCAUCCUAAUAUUUAUAUAUUUCUUAAUUCCAUUCUUUUACUUUUAGAUUUGUUUGAAUUGUUAGAUACUACUGCACUGUUGGAGUUAGGAACACAAGCAUUUCGUUACACCCACAAUAACAUCUGCUAAAUAUGUGUAUGUGACCAAUAACAUUUGAUUUGAUUUGAUAGCUGCACUUUAUUGAGUUUGUCUGGCACAAUGGAACCAGUGGACUAGUUCCAAAAGUGCUAAACCUUCCCAUCUGGAUCACUCCUACAGUCAAAAUAUUUGAAAGACAACAAAUACUCUUUAACCCCAGUUGUGGUGUGAAUUUUCAUAAUAAUAUUAAAUGCCCUGCUAUUUGUGUUGAGACGACGUGUACUGUUUUGUUACAGGUGAGGUGAUCACAUGUCUGGAGAAUGCAGAGGCCCUGCAGGCUGUUGAUCUGAAUGAUAUGUCUGUCACACUGGACAUCUUUGUCCUCACCUUACCCCUAGAGAUAGAGGGCAUGCAAUCUGACUUGAGACACAACAGGUGAGGUUUUUAGAUCCUACUUAAGAAAUAUGUGGAACAAAAUAAAAUGCAUCUCUUUGUUCUUGGAUUCAUUAUUGUUCAUAUGGUAAGGUGCUCUUUGCUUCCCCAGAUUUGUAAAAACAUUGAAAAGAACUUGGUGCUUAAACUUGUAGGAUUUCACUCAUUAGGAUAGGCACUCUUACCAGAUACAUUGUCAUUGGAAUGAUAAUGUGCAGUGUGUAUGAGCAUAACCCUGUGCUGUAUACUUUCAUCAAACCGCAUUUAUCAGAUAGGAUCUUUCACUAGAAGUAGAUCAUGUUAACCAACGGGCUGCACUCUCUCCAGGUACACGUCAGAGAGCAGUGUGUCUCUGAACCGUUCUCCAGGUCAGCCCUCCUCCUACCGCUCUGACGAGGAGCUGAUGGGCAACCUGGACAGCCUGAGAGGAGUAGGGGUCGACGGGUGAGUCAUUAGGAAGGAUGGGGAAAGGAGUAGCCUAGUUCUUUAUCUGUUUGUGCUGUAUAACCGUUGUCUUUUGGCUAUACAGCACAAACAGAUAUAGAACUAGGCUAGAGGAGUAGGGGUUGACGGGUGAGUGGUCUGAAGGGUAGGGAUACAUUGGAGUAAGAAAGCAUGUUGAGCAGGCCUUGGCUGCCUGCAUGAUAAUUUCACGUAGCUUACAGUAGCUAAUUUCUUCUUUAUUUCAACAGGGUUGGAGGAGACCCUUUGGCCAAACUUCCAACUCCCCACAAACUAGCAGUGUUAGCCACCAUGGAUGAGGUAAGUUCAGUCUGUUUACUUUUGAACUUGAUGUCGAUUUUGGUACUUCAUAUUGAUAUUGAUUCGACUUUGAGCUAGUCGACCACUAAAUAGCAGGAAUUCCCCUGUCACUGAGCUACGUAUUUCAGGCCCAUUUACUCAGCUCUCCCUCUCCUCUCCCUGUUGUCCCUCGCUGUAGAUCCGUUGGCUCUUGGAGGAUGAGAUCGUGUCAGCGCUGCGUCUCUCCCGGGUCAUCCGCUCGUCCACACUACAGAAGGUGGCGGAUCACGUGUUUCGAUCAGGCGGGCGACCACGGUGCCACUGUGAGGUCGUUCCUCUGCAGUUUGUCUUCGGCCCUGAGCAGUCCCUGGAGAAGUUCAAAGAGGUAGGCCGGGAGGGUGACCAGGAGCGGUGACAAAGGGGUGUUCUUCUUUCAUAGCAAAGAUUAGUUUUGGUCCUUUUUUCUAUGCGAUCAAUUAGUUUUUCACAUUGUUAGGAACCUUACAUGUUGCAUACCCAAGUGCUACUCUGCCGAUUUUGCUUUUCAAUUAGGAAAAUUUGAAUAUCAGUUUACUUCCUGAAUUGAGAUGGUACUGACCCUCACCCUUGAAUCUUCUCCUCCACAGGAGUUCCGUAGGAUGUCAUUCUCAGGUUACCUUCUGAACGGAGAGCAAGACAACUUCCACUACAUGUCUCUGAGUAGACUCCACCCCAAGAGGAUCCAGGCUGCUAAGAGGCUGUCUGAGAGCACUGUCAACCCUGGUGAGGCGGGAGAGAACUCCAUGAUUGGACGGAACUCACAGCUAACCAAUCACCUUCCUGAUGUGGAUGACAGCGCCAGGGCUCCGUCCAAUCAUGGCACACCAGGAAGAAGACCUGACCACGAAGCAGAGGUGGCGAGGGUGGAGACAGACAGUGAGGUUUGUCAAACCUUUUGGGUGGAGUUUCAACCUGACCAACUAGUUUAUUUCCAAGCAUCCUCUUUCAUGGUCCUUAUGUUUCUGUUUUUUUCAGAAUAAAUGAAAUUUGAAUGAAUUAAUGAAUGUAUGAUUAAAUGAAUGAAUUAAUUAAUUAUUCUAUAUACCUGAAGGUUCAGGGAGAAGAGAAGAAGUCUACUGUCGGGGCUGUUAGUGAAUCUGUGAGUUACCCAGCCCAGGACCCCAGUGAUCCCCCAGUCAAACCAACCCGGGCUGACUCGGAGGAGGGCCCUAGACCCCGCUUGAGCUCAGUUGGUGCUACCUCCACUCCCGCGGGUGACAGCACCCGGUUGAGUUCUGUUGGUGCCUCCACCAGUCGACCCCAACUGAGCUCUGUGGGCAGAGGAGGAGAGGAGAUAAGACCUCGGCUGAGCUCCGUGGGCUCCAACUCCACCUCCACCGCUACAGGGGACAGCGUCCAGGCCAGUACCCUUCAGCUCCAGCCCAGCACCAGCACCGACCGCUCCUCAGAAUACACCUCGCCCCCCAAGACCCCCUCCACGGUCAGCCUGGCCGAGUCGGUGCAGUCCACCACCCAC